UUUUGGGAAAGUCUAAAAACCCUUAGAAAUUGUUGAUCUUUUCCACCCUUUCAUUUAAAAUCCACCAACUCUUUAGUAAGUGUAAUUCAUAUUACAACAUUGUAUGGUAGCAUCAUGGUCACUCAAAGAGCAUCAUUUUACCUUUGUCUCCUUGUUAUUCUGAUAACUCAAGCUACUGCGGAGCCAGACGACCAAUACCCAGUCUGCUUCAGCAGUGGUGGAGACUAUGCCCCUAAUAGCACCUAUCACACCAACCUCAAUAGUGUUCUUUCAAGGCUCACUUCCAACACGCAAAUCGACUAUGGCUUCUACAAUUCCUCCUACGGCCAAGACUCUGAUAGAGUCUACGCAACAGGCCUUUGCAGAGGAGAUGUUUCCCGACAUACUUGCCUUACUUGCCUCAACAAUUCUAGCUUUUUUCUCCUAAAGAACUGUCCACAUCAGAAGGAGGCUGUGGGAUUGGGAGGAUAUGAUAAAUGCAUUUUACACUAUGCAGAUCACUCAAUGUUCAGUUACCAAGAGUCUUCUUUCCGGUUCUAUUUUUGGGAGGAAACUAAUGUAACGAAUUGGGAUCAGUACAGUUAUGUGCUCAAUCAGUUGCUGUCAAGACUAAGAGUGAAAGCUGCAACAUCUAACUCCAAUCUCCACCGUAAAUUUGCUGCUGGAAAUGCAACAGUUCCGACUCCGAGUUCCCAAACUAUAUAUGCUGUUGUUCAGUGCUAUCCUGAUCUGACAGCCGCAGAAUGCAACGACUGCUUAAGUGGCGCUUUCUCAGAAAUACCGAAAUAUUGUAAUAACAGGUCAGGUUGUGGAGGUAUUAAAUUAAGCUGUAACUUUAGAUAUGAGAACUCCAGCUUCUAUGAGCCUACGCCUGAUACGGUAACACUACAAUUUUCACCACAAGGAUCUCCAUCUCCUACACCAUCCAUCACUUCAAAUUCCUCAGAGAGUACUUAUCAUGGAAAAAGCAGCAAAUCUCAAGCUGUCAACGCCAAAUACGUUGUCGCACCUAUUCUAUUCUUUGUUGGGUUGCUGAUCUUGAUUUGCAUCUAUUUAAGAGUGAGGAAGUCAACAAAGCAUUUUGAGAGUGAACCCAUGGUUGAUGACGAAAUUAAACUAGUCGUGUCAUCACAGUUUGACUUUGACACCAUAAGAGUCGCUACGAACAACUUCUCUGAUGCAAACAAGCUUGGACAAGGUGGAUUUGGACCUGUUUACAAGGGGACACUCUUCAAUAAACAAGAAGUAGCAAUCAAAAGGUUAUCUAGCAACUCUUGCCAAGGAAAUAUUGAAUUCAAGAAUGAAGUGAUACUAAUGUCCAGGCUUCAGCACCGAAAUUUAGUUAGGCUCCUUGGUUUUUGUUAUGAAAGCGAAGAACGGCUCCUUGUCUAUGAGUUUCUUCCCAAUAAAAGUCUUGACAAGAUCAUAUUUGAUCCCAUCGAGCGUGCACAUUUGGAUUGGAAAAAACGCCACAAAAUAAUUGAAGGCAUUGCACUUGGCCUUCUUUAUCUUCAUGAGGAUUCUCAGCAAAGGAUUAUUCAUCGUGAUCUCAAAUUGAGUAAUAUUCUUUUAGAUGCCGAUAUGAAUCCUAAGAUUUCAGAUUUUGGCUUUGCAAGGCUGUUUAAUGCGGAUCAAACUCUGCUUAAUGCAAGUAAAAUUGCAGGAACUUAUGGAUACAUGGCACCUGAGUAUGCAAGGCAUGGAAAACUCUCAACGAAGUUAGAUGUCUUUAGUUUCGGUGUAGUAAUACUAGAGAUUGUAAGUGGCAAAAAGAAUAGUGGAUUUCGUAUUGGAGAGAGUGUGGAGCAUUUAUUAAGCUUUGCUUGGAAAAACUGGACGAAAGGGACAGCAGAUAAAAUUAUAGAUCCUGCCUUAAAUAAUGCUUUGAGAGAUGAAAUACUGAGAUGCAUUCACAUUGGGCUACUUUGUGUUCAAGAAAAGGUUGCUGAUAGACCAACAAUGGCUUCAGUUAUACUUAUGCUUGAUAGCCACUCUUUUGCUCUACCAGUUCCAUUGCAACCGGCCUAUUUUAUGAAAAAUAGUUGUUUAUCAGUCAUCCAGUUUUCGGGGUGCAGUUCCGUGGAAACAGGAUCAAAUGAACAGAAAAGUGACUCUGCUGAUGUAUCAGCAAAUGAGGCCUCAAUUAGUAGUCUAUAUCCUCGUUAGAUAUGAAUCACAUUAUUUUAGUCAAAGGUGACAAUCAUAGCUACAAUUGAAUGUACUAAGAGAAACAGAAGUUUGGUGCUUGCUAUUACUAAUUAAGAAAGGAAUAAUUUUGACACCAUUUCCGUGAAAAUAUUCAAUUUACUAAUUACCCGUAUCCAAACUCUUAUGUUUGUUCCUGUUACAAUUAGGGAAUUACAAAAAUUGGGCUCU